AUGGGUGAUUUCGAAAAACAUAGAGACUUGUUGGUACAAGAGAUAUCUAGUACUAUCAGUUCAAUUGUGUUGAACAUGCAAACCUUGAACAGAUCCUUAAACAACAGUAUUCAAGUUUCCAAGGAUUUCGAGAACGUCAGUAAUUUAUGGAGUAACUUUUAUAAUGGUUUAAAAGAUCAACAACCGGAAGAAGAACAAGAAGAAGUUGCUGAAACCGAGUCAAAUCCUUCACAAUCUUGA